CGGAAGUAAACAGUAAAACGCAUAGAAGAGGUAAAUUUCAUUGAUAACAGAGCUGUAGGCGUGUCAGUAAAUUGGAGAACUGCUUGAGGAAAGUACCGAUUUUGUCCAUUAGAGACAUGGUUUCCCUAGGAGUGAUUGCAGGCUUAUUUUUUGGAGGAGCCUUUUUAAUUCAAAAGGGUGUUGUAGGAACUAUCCUCAAUUCCGAUACACUUUCUGAGGGAAUUUGUCACUCAUCGGAACUGAAAGUUGAGAUCGGGUCGCCAUGUGGAAUAGAAAGCAGCACAAUCCACAUUGCCUCCAUUCUAAUAGGUGUUUGUAGACAUAUUAAUGGCAAUUUGUCAUGCUUUCUUGAUUCUAUGGAUUAUCUGUACGAUAACAGCAGUGGGAGUUUGACCAUUAAUACUACAUUUAACCACACAAUCCACGCAGGUUAUACCUUUUCGACGAGUAUAACCUGUUUCAACGGUAGCAGUUUCCGUGAUGAAAUUCUCCUCAAACCGUGUCUUUCUGGAUUCAAUUCAACUGCCUACUAUAACAACACGCAUGUCACGAUUUCCUGUGAGCAUACAGCAUUCAGAUUCUCCACAACGGGUAUACGUAUUGUUGGCGAUAACGAUUUGGAACACUGUACCUGGAAAAAUCAAACGAACGAAUGUCACGGAGAUGCUAAAGCUCUUCCAAAUGGUGUGAAAUUUACUUCUCUAUAUACCCAGAAAAUGAAGGAAAUGAACAUUACAUGCAAGUUUGACGGGCUGUCCGUGGAUAUCGUUCCUCAGCUACAGUCAACAGUUAACACAACGCCUAGUACCACAAGGGCACCAUCGAGCUCUUCUUCAUCACAAAGCCAAGAUAACGGACAAACGAAAGUGACCAGCUUUGCUUUGAUGAUCUUUAUUUUGUGUAUCGUGUAUUUUCUUCAAAGAGAUAUAUUUAUUUGAAAACUGACCAAAAGAAGGAUUUUUAUAUAUCCCUCGUGAUGUAUACGUCUAAGGAACCCUCCGCUUGGCGUUUCAAUCAUGUCCUUCCGAAACGAUUUUGUGUAAGGAUUCCGAUAGUCUUGGAAUCGUUGUGCUGUGGAAACAUUUUCAAUUCAUUCAAGAAGUUAACAAGAACAAGAAGAAGGACAAUCUGAAUAUGUAACAUUCCUCUUGGAGAAGAUGGGAAACUUUGCCGGAGAGAAGAAUCAAUUCAUCAGCUGAUUCAGGAGUAUCAAUAAUACAUGUAAUAGAUAUUGUCGUUUUUGAUUAUGUCGUUCACUCGUAACACCAAUUUUGAUUAUACAAAAGUUUCAAAUAAACAUACCUUUCAUAUUCUUGCUGGAUUUAUAUUUAAAUUUAAUUUGAGGCAAGCCAAUUUCUCGCGUGAUGUAAAUUACAUAGUGAGUAUCAAGAACGCUCUUAGGACCAUCAUGAUGAUUCCUAAAUUAUUUUUUUUUAUUGCAAAGACUGAAAUGUUAACAAAGUAGAAAUUUGGUUUAAAAAAAAGUUAUUAUAAGAUAAUUCAAUUUGUAUGCGUUUUCUCUGUGAUAACGCUUUGAAAGUUUCGGGAGUUCAUUUCUUAAUUUAAUGAAACCGGCCUGUAAAUUUCGCCAAGCGAAAGGUCAUGAGCUUAAGAGGCUUACA